AUGGCGGCCUCAAAGGACUCGCUCUUCAGGAGCGUGGAUAUGACCCUGACCCAGCUGUACGUGGCCAACGAGAUAGGGCGGGAGGUCGUGUCUGCCUUGGGAGAGCUGGGUUGCAUGCAAUUUCGAGAUCUCAACCCCGAAACGUCCGCCUUUCAGCGCACCUUCACCCAAGAGAUCCGUCGCCUUGACAAUGUUGAACGUCAGCUCAACUACUUCCGCUCCCAGAUCGACAAGAACAGCAUCGGCAUGCGCUCCAUCUACGAAUUCAGCAACACCAUGGCUGCCCCCUCCGCCACCGAGAUUGAUGAACUGGCCGAUCGUAGCCAGAGCUUGGAGCAGAGGAUCCAGAGCUUGAACGACAGCUACGAGACAUUGAAGAGGCGCGAGACGGAGUUGACCGAGUGGCGUUGGGUGUUGCGAGAGGCGGGAGGUUUCUUCGACCGUGCCCGUGGCCAGACGGAGGAGAUUCGACAGAGCCUGGAUGAUUCCGAUGAUGCGCCCCUUCUCCGCGACCUGGAGCAGGCCAAUGGAUCAGCUGAAGCAGGACAAGGUGGGCAAAACGCCAAUCAGCAGAGCUUCAGCGUUAUGAACAUCGGUUUUGUGGCUGGUGUUAUCCCGCGCGACCGCAUGGGUGCCUUUGAGCGGAUCUUGUGGCGAACCCUCCGUGGCAAUCUGUACAUGAACCAGUCUGAGAUCCCGGACGCCAUUAUCGACCCGGAGAAGAACGAAGAGGUGCACAAGAACGUCUUCGUCAUCUUCGCUCAUGGCAAGGAGAUUAUUGCCAAGAUCCGCAAGAUUAGUGAGAGCCUGGGAGCGGACAUCUACAAUGUGGACGAGAACAGCGAGCUCCGCCGCGAUCAGAUCCACGAAGUCAACAGCCGUCUGCAGGAUCUUUCCAACGUCCUCGGCAACACCAAGCGCACCCUCGACGCCGAAUUGACUCAAAUCGGCCGCUCCCUCGCCGCCUGGAUGAUCGUCAUCAAGAAGGAAAAAGCCGUCUACCAAACCCUCAACCGCUUCUCCUACGAUCCCGCCCGCAAGACCCUAGUAGCCGAAGCCUGGUGCCCGACCAACAGUCUCGGGCUAGUGAAAUCCACCCUCCAAGACGUCAACGACCGCGCCGGCCUCAGCGUCCCCACCAUCGUCAACCAAAUCAAGACCUCCAAGACCCCACCUACCUACAACCGCACGAAUAAAUUUACCCUCGGCUUCCAAACCAUCAUCGACGCCUACGGGACAGCAAAAUACACCGAGGUCAACCCGGGCUUGCCCACCAUCGUCACCUUCCCUUUCCUCUUCGCCGUCAUGUUUGGUGAUCUUGGACAUGGUGCCAUCAUGGCUAUGGCGGCCGCGGCUAUGAUUUACUGGGAGAAGCCUCUGAGCAGAGGGAAGCAGGAUGAGUUGUUUGGGAUGGCUUUCUAUGGACGCUAUAUCAUGCUUAUGAUGGGCAUUUUCUCCAUGUAUACGGGUUUGAUUUAUUGUGAUAUCUUCUCUAAGGAGUUGAGUUUGUUUCCUAGUAUGUGGACUUGGGACUUCCCAGAUGGCUACAAAGAAGGCGAUGGCAUGAUCAAGGCUACGAGGGUGGAGGGUUAUACUUACCCUUUCGGCAUGGACUGGCGCUGGCACGAUACGGAGAACGACCUCCUGUUCAGCAACAGCUACAAGAUGAAACUCUCCAUCAUCAUGGGCUGGGCACACAUGACCUACUCCCUCUGUCUCUCCUACAUCAACGCCCGCCACUUCCGCUCCCCGAUCGACAUCUUCGGCAAUUUCAUCCCGGGCAUGCUCUUCUUCCAAUCCAUCUUCGGCUAUCUCGUCUUCACCAUCAUCUACAAAUGGAGCGUGGACUGGUACGCCAUCGGGCAGCAACCGCCUGGAUUACUAAACAUGCUCAUCUACAUGUUCCUGUCCCCCGGGACGGUGCAAGAGCAACUUUUCCCGGGUCAAGGUCCGCUUCAAGUCGCGCUUGUCCUGAUUGCCGUCGUUCAGGUCCCGAUUAUGUUGUUCCUGAAGCCGUUGUAUUUGCGCUGGGAACAUAACAAGGCGCGGGCGCAGGGGUAUCGAGGUAUCGGCGAAACUACCACAGUCUCGGCUCUGGAUGACGAUGACGAGGAAGCCGGUGGGGAUCAGCAUGCUAAUGGUCGACCAUCGAUGGCGGAUUCGGAAAUGGAUGGGAAUGCGCUGAUUACGCAGGACAUUGGCGGCGAAGAGCACGAGGAGUUUGAGUUUAGUGAGGUGAUGAUUCAUCAGGUCAUUCAUACUAUUGAAUUCUGCCUCAACUGCGUCUCCCACACAGCCUCCUACCUCCGUCUCUGGGCCCUCUCCCUCGCGCAUCAACAACUCUCCAUCGUGCUCUGGAGCAUGACGCUCGCCAACGCCUUUGCCUUCACCGGCGCUCUGGGGAUCGCAGCUAUUUUCGUCUUCUUCACCGUGUGGUUCUUCCUUACCGUCGCGGUGCUGGUGGUGAUGGAGGGGACGAGUGCGAUGUUGCAUUCUUUGAGGUUGCAUUGGGUCGAGGCUAUGAGUAAGCAUUUUGUUGGGGAGGGGGUGGCUUUUGAGCCGUUCAGUUUUGAGGUUUUGUUGGAGGAGGAGAUGAGUGAGCUUAUGUAG